ACAUAUUUCCCGCGUAUAGUGUUGCGCCGCGCUUAAUAAACAAUCUCUCUCUCCUACGCUGUUUAAUAUUUUACGCAUUUCUCACUAUUGUAUUAAUGUCAGCGUAACAUGAACAUAGUAAACGCCAUCCAGAGACGAGAGGGAGGAUUUGAGUCAGUACACAAUUAUGACAUUGCUCUUUCCCGUUUGAAAUGUUACCACGACGAUGUAUAUUAUGGAAUAACACCGAAUAUCAAUGCGGCUGAUUUUAAUCCCGCGCCACCGGUGUUUGCAUGUCGUUUUUGUACCACACCAGGAUAUGAGGAAAUUAUUGCUUUGGCGAAUGAGGAUGGAAAGAUUGCUCUUCAAAAUACAAGAAUUAAAGGGAAAAAUGAUGAACCAUUGGAAGGAACACAGGCGCAUUGCAAUGCAAUAUUUGAUCUUGCAUGGAUGCCUGGAGAGUUGAAGCUGGUUACAGCAUCAGGAGAUCAUACAGCCCGUCUAUGGGAUGUUUCGAGAUCUGAAGUAGAACAAAUUGAUUGCUUUCACGCACAUACACGGAGUGUAAAGACAGCAGUAUUUCGUUAUCAGGACAAAGCGGUAUUUGCAACGGGUGCUAGAGAUGGCUCUAUUAUGAUGUGGGAUAUUAGAGCCAACCACACAGAUCAACGUAGGCCGGAUAAUUGCAUUGUCAAUGCACACAGUGCUGGCAAUACAAGCAAUAGAAGACGAAAGGCAUCUAAUCAAAUAUCACGAAUGCAAAGUAUUACCGGUUUAGUCUUCCAAGACGAUUUCACGUUAAUCUCGUGUGCUGCAGGCGAUGGUUUAAUAAAAGUGUGGGAUUUACGCAAGAAUUACGCAGUUCACAAAAAAGAACCGAUAGCUAAGCAUCUAAUAAAUUUCACAGGCACUGGUAUUAAGAACGGCUUUUCUUCAUUGUUAAUAUGUCCAGCUAGGAUUACAUUAUACGCAAGUUGUAUGGAUAGUACUAUAUAUGCUUAUAACAUAUCAUCCUAUAAUCGCAAACCAGUGGCGAAGUAUCAUGGUCAUCAAAAUUUUACAUAUUAUGUAAAGACUUGUUUGAGUUCUGAUGGUCGCUAUCUUGCCAGUGGAUCUAGUAAUAAUUAUGCGUACAUUUGGCGCACAAACAAACCUGGUGGACCACUAGUUAAACUUUACGGUCACACACAAGAAGUGACUUGUAUUGCGUGGUGCAAUGUCGGCGAAACUAAGAUAGUAACUUGCUCCGAUGAUUCUCGCCACAGAAUAUGGAGAGUUGGAUUCGAACAUAAAGUGGAGAAUGAAGAAGUGACAAUACGCGGGAGUGCUAAGUUUGCAGUGGAUAAUAUUAAUUUGAAUUUAAAACUUGUCUCGCUUUCUUCAACCUCAAUUACUAAUCGGGAAGUUGCACUGCACUCUAGCAUAACACCGGGAGUUACGACCCCUGAGCCUACCAACGAAGAUAUAAUGCCUGAACCUAGCAACAAGGAUGCAAUGCCUGAGCCUAGCAAUGAAGAUGCAAUGCUGAAGUCUGGCAAUGAGAAUGAUAUUAGCUAUUACAAGCCCAAUAAUUCCAAACGUAGUCAUCUUCAAAUGAUGAUAGGAUCAAGACUUGAGGGAAAAUACAAGUCUAUUUUAUCUCCUAUUUACGAAAAUCACGAAACAAUUGCGAAACGGACUUGCACGGACAAUCAUGAUACGCAAAGGCUAUUUAAUCCGAAUGCCGAAGCCAUUACCAGUACGAGUGUAGAUUAUGAUUCGGACGAGCAUAGUAUAGGCCAAUCUACGUACACAAGCAAAGAUGACGGAAUUCUUUUUUCGCCUACGUCAAACUUACCAAAUUUCGUGAUAGACGGUACAGCGCCACAUUUGCUUGAAAUAUCGCCACAAAAGUACAAAGAAAACGUCGAUUGGCUGACAAAAAUGAGGAAGGAAAGAUAUGAACAGAGAAAAGCUACCGUAAAUUCAAGCAGCCCCCAGAAUCAAACGACACCUUCACGAAGAAUGAAUAAAUUGCGAUCGACCGAAUCUCAAAAAGUAACAAAAACGAUAAAAGGCACCUCUCUCCUGAAUUUUUUCAAAGCCAUCAAUAAAGAUCGCGAAAAGAGUCCUCGUUCGGAAAAUAGUAAUAUUAUACCUUCGACGAGUAUAUCCUAAUGUUAAACAGAAUAUAUAUACGCGCGCGCGCGCACACACACGCACACACAUACACACACACCGGCGGAUCCUGAUGUCGA